AUGAAGGUACGCCUAUAUGAGGGGAAAGGUUCGGCCCAACAGAAUGCCAUUACCGGAGACUGCAAAGAGGAUGGCGUGUUUGUGUUUGGAGAGGCCGGGGAUCUGGGAUAUACGGAGUGCGUGAACAAUGUGGCCGAGUUUCACAGCUGCGGGAUAUCGGACGAGACCAACCAUUUCAUAUACGAUGGGGAACGGUGUGUGGACCCCAGGUUCGAGUGCCCGGAACUGGAGGGUGUGUUCCGGCACAACACGUCGCACCGGCUGUACUACAAGUGCCACAAUCGGAUCUCAACGAAACACUACUGCGCGGACAACGAGGUGUUUGACGGACUCGUGUGCAUACGUGUGGUGAGGGCUGAGGUGACCAGUGGGGGCCACCUGAGCGUGCCCUUCAACUGCGAAAGGGACGGUCAGUUUGCGAACCCCGAAAGCAAAACACAUUACGUAAUCUGCGAGGAGGGCGAGGCUACGGUCUACCGGUGCCCACAGGUGAUGGUCGAGAGUGAUAAGGAGCGGCAGUGGUAUGAGGUGUUCACUCGACACAAAUGUGUCACUCCCUGGGAAUGCCCUGAAAUAGACGGUACAUAUAAACUGAGCCGUAAUGGUCGGGUGCACUUCAAGUGCGUCAACGGAAGGCCUAUUGAGUAUAACUGCGCGAUUGGCACCUCAUGGGACGGCCAGACAUGCAAAGUCCUAUACCCUCCGAGACCGGACCCUCCGAGACCCGAUCCCCCAUCCUUUCACUGCCCACACGACGGCAAGUUUUACGACCCAAACACACGGCACGGGUAUAUCGAGUGCUAUCGCAACCACCCCACACAUCACGCCUGUCCGGGAGGGUUUGUAUUUGACGGCCGCACCUGUAGUUCCCAACGACACCCCAUCCAUCACCGGACCUUCAUUUGCCCCAACGAUGGCCGCUUUGUGGACCCCCAAAGUGGACGGGGAUAUUUCGUAUGCUUGGGCGGUCUGGCCACUUACUAUACCUGUUCGGAGGGCACUAUGUUUGAUGGGAACACCUGCAUAACUGACCACCCUCCAUUCAGAUGUCCCAGCUCUAAUGGCCUAUUCGCAAACCCCCGUAACCAAAGUGAAUACUACCAGUGCUUUUAUGGCAGGGCUCACAUUAGACACUGCGAGAGUGGUUCGAUAUUCCUGGGCGACCGGUGCACCCGCCGGGGCACACACUUCCCGGUGCCCCACACCGGUGUUGACUACAGUCAAACAGUCGAUAGGGACUACGGUAGUCACCACCACCACGACGAUAGAUUCAGGAUAUUGAUCCGUGAAAGGGACCUGGUCAAGUUUGAGUUUAACAACUAUGUGAUCACCGAUCGGUUCGACACCGUGGCCUGGAAGUGGAACCGGGAGAUCGCCGACAAGAAAUAGAUUUAUAUGUCUUUAGACACACCAUUACUACCAAACAUUUUAAUCUAUUGUAUUUGUCAUUUCAUUUAUAUCAAUAGGAAUUAUUAUAUGAAUUCAUUUUUAAUAACUA